AUGGACAAGAAAACGGCGAGUCGUGGCACGGCGAGCGACACACGCACAAAUUCAACGCUGCACGUUUCGACUCUGAUGUCAACACGCAACGCGGGGAGCGCGCGCCCCCUCUCGGUCUCAGAGGGGAAUUGCAGCUCCGCUCACAGGCGCUCCAUCGCCAUCGCCCCGCAGCUGAGAGAGCCCUGCCGCAACGCGACCAGCGACCACCGAGCCAAAGCAGGCGGCAUGAGGCUUGAUUCAGUGCAUUUAUCCAUGCUGGUCAUCGGGGUCUCAUUCGCCUGCUACUCCCCGAGUUUGAAUUCCCUGCAGGACCAGGCUUACAAAUCCGCUGUGGUGAUCGAGGGCAAGGUGCAGUCUACGCCUGUGAACGUCUCUGCGGAGCCCUAUCGCGUGAAUGUCAAAGUGUUGGAUGUUUGGCCCCUAAACAGUGGGGGUCUGGAGCGAGAACAGCUCGUCACCGUGGGGGAAUUUGGAUCCGAGGCUCCGUGCACCAAAGUGAAGAAGAACCACAAGUACAUCUUUUUCAUGGACCCCACUGACGAGCCCUUGGUUUUCAAAGCAUCGUUUGCGCCCCUGGAUACAAGUGGAAAGAACCUAAAAAAGGAUGUUGGGAAGAUCUUAUGUGUGGACUGCGAGGAUUUACUUUGUUCUGACAGCAUGACGGAGAACAAGAGGAAAGAUAAGAAAGGGAGAAAGAAUAGGGGCAAGAAAGGACAAAAGGAGAAGGAGGGCGAUCCCACAACAGCUGCGGCUCCAAAGUUAAAACCAAUCAAGAAUCCAAUAAUAGUGGACGAAGGAAGAAAGCUCACAGUGAAGUGUGAGGCCACAGGAAACCCUCCGCUUACCUACAGAUGGUUCAAAGAUGGGAAUGAGCUGAAAAAGAGCCCAAAAGUCAAAAUAAGGAACAAUCAGAAAUCCUCCAGAGUCCAGAUCAGCAGUGCAAAACUGGAGGAUUCUGGGAAUUACACAUGUGUGGUGGAGAACUCGCUGGGGAGGGACAACUCCACUGGCACUGUUAACGUCCAAAGCAUAACCACAACGCAAUCUCCAGGCUCAGGCCACGCCAGAAGAUGCAACGACACAGAGAAAUCCUACUGUGUGAAUGGCGGCGACUGUUACUUCUACCAUGGCAUAAAUCAGCUUUCCUGCAAGUGUCCAAAUGACUUUACUGGUGAUCGCUGUCAAACCUACGUUAUGGCCAGUUUCUACCAGCAUCUUGGGAUUGAAUUUAUGGAGGCAGAAGAACUCUACCAGAAAAGAGUCCUGACAAUCACGGGUAUUUGUGUGGCUCUGUUGGUGGUGGGCAUCGUGUGUGUCGUUGCUUACUGCAAAACCAAGAAACAAAGAAAGAAGAUGCACAAUCAUCUGCGACAGAACAUGUGUCCAGAACAUCCUAAUCGGAACCUUGCUAAUGGACCCAAUCACCCAGGACCAGGCCCGGAGGAAAUUCCUAUGGUAGAUUACAUAUCAAAGAACAUCCCUGCGACUGAGCGAGUCAUACGGCCUGCAACAGAAGGAUCUUUCCCUGCCAGCCACGCUUCUUCCAGAUCUCACAACUCUUCCACACGGGCCCAUUCAUCAACACACAGACAUGAGGAACGGACAUGGAGCCUGGAACGCUCUGACAGUAUCCUCUCCGACUCGCCGGGCAUGAUGUCAUCAUCUGUGGGGACCAGUAAAUGCAGCAGUCCUGCGUGCAUGGAGGCGCGGGCGCGACGAGCCGCCCACUGUGGUUACGCUGACCCCCAUCGACCGGGACUGCAGUUCGGGGACUCCUUCGAUUCCUUGGGAGAUUCUCCACACAGCGACAGAUACGUGUCGGCCCUGACAACACCAGCCCGCCUCUCCCCGGUGGAUUUCCAUUACUCAUUGCCCCCGCAGGUGCCUACCUUCCAGAUCACAUCUCCCAAUGCCAGCCACGCCAUGUCCCUCCCUCCUGCCGUCCACAAUCCCUAUCCUCUGGAGGACGACCAGCCCCUGCUGCGCCGCUACCAGGUGCCCCUGCACGACGCCCACUGUCAGGAGCCCUACCGGCAGCAGCGCCGCACCUAUCUGAACAACAGCAGGGGCAGCCUUCCCUCCAGCCCCUACCGGCUGGCAGAGGAGGAAGACUAUGAGACCACCCAGGAGUACCUCUCCUCUCGGGAGCAACCAAAGAGAAGCGGGUCCAACGGAGCUGGCGGCCGACGCUGGCGGAGAUCCAGACUGAACGGCCACGUGGCCCCGCGCGGAUAUGAGGCCUCUCGAGACUACGGCUCUCGAAGCUGCCUAACAGAUAGCGAGUCAGAGGAGGACGGCGAGAGCACGCCCUUCCUCAGUAUGCAGAACAUGAACGCGGAGCCCUCCACCAUCUACAGGCCGGUGGACAGUCGGACUUCUCACUCGUCAGGACGGCACAGUGGGCACGGGAACAUGCAUACGAGACUCACACACUCGCGCUCUAAACCGGACAAUACACCCCAUUAAAGAGUGAUAAUGAACCAACAAGAUUCAAUAUAGUAUAGACCUGCAUCUAUAAGAAAUAUUUUUAUUUUAUAUAACUGACAGAUAUUCUAAACAAAUGAAAUAUUUAUUUUCAUUUUAGCAAAAGUUGUCUACUAGUUAACAGCAAAGACUUUUUUAUAGGGAAAACUCUAUUUAUAUGUACAUUUUGAUUUACAGCAUAAAAGAUGUGCCAGUUUUUUCACAACGUAAAAAAAUAGAGUAAUAUUGUGGUGCCUUUUGCUGUUUGCCGAUGCCAGAGGGCCAGUGGAGGUUUUUGUAGCCUUUCUUAUAUGGACGCCUCAUUUUUUAUACACAUCUAUGUUAUUUUGUCCUCUCUGAUUUUGUGUUCACUUUUUUUUACAUUGCAUUCUCUGAGAAGUCUGUCCCCACUGGAGUAUAAGGUCUACCCUUUCCAUAUCACCCAAUAUAAACCACUUCAACAUAAAGUGUAUGUUUACAUUAUUAUGAUUCACCCGUAAGGUUUAUGAUUUUGGAUGUAAUAGAACGCCGGAAAACAAUCUAAUACAAAAGUAGAUUAGGCUAUAUUUGCCCUCUGACUAAUGUCUACCAACAGAAAGAGAUAGAAAAGAGUGAGAGAUAGGUGUGUGUGUAAAUGCUUCUGUGUGUGCACAUGUCAGUUUGCCUGCAUGCAUUUGCGAUAACUAAAUGAAUUUCAAUGUUGUGGUGACUUCAAAUGUGUAGCUCUGCUUGGAUCUCAGGAGAGCUGACAGUUGAGUGUGUGAGUUGAGCAGAUCAGAACAGUGACCCCGAGUGUAGGUGGACAGGUAAGGCUGCUGUGGAGUAUUGUGUGAUGGAGGUCAUUGCUUGAUGUGUUUACAGCUAUGUUCCCCCUCCCAAGCCUGCCCCAGUUCUGUCCUUUUUUUUAUUUCCCUGCAGGUUUUCCUCACGUUAGUCUUGUAUGAGGCCAACAAACACUUAGCUGCUUGGCACAGGGGGAUAUCUACCAUCAGAGGCAAAACCAAAAGAUUGCAUCUGUUUUCACUCAAAUCCACCCUUAUUCCCACAUCUCAUUAUCCUUCUGUGUCCAUUCUGUUUCUGUGGCUGGUGUUAAAGGCCACACAGUGUCUCAGGAUUUCCACAUGCUCCAGCUCCACCUGUCGUCGUCCUCUUUCUUAAUGUAAGGUCUACCUAAGACGAAGGUUCUCCGGUGUAGAGGGCCUUGUUGUAAUCAUAAAGUCUACCAGUUCCCUGAACACUCCCAUUCAAAGAAAAGGACAAGCCCGGAGUAAGCAGCUCAGUUGAGAAGAGUACAGAGCAUACUAGACUAUAUUAAUGGAACAGCUGUGAAACUAUGGAGGAUCAUACAAUGCAAAAAUAUGCAAACUUUCUAUUUUGCUGUUUGAUUACAUCAUUUUCUAAGAGGUGACUGUAGCGUGUUGUGUGUGCAAAAACUAUGUGAUGCCUGUAGUGUAGAAUGAAAUAACAUGAUACAAAUGGAUAUUUACCUGAGUUAUUUUUUAAAGCCAUUAUGCAGCCAUCUAUCCAUUUGUUUGCCUUUCUUGUUCACUUGUCCAUUGGAUGAAUGUGUCCAUGACUUAUUCAGUUUGUUUUGAGCACUCUUCUUUACAAGCGCACUUUCGAGUCGUGUCAGUUAGCAUCCAAAUAGUCUUUCCUCCAAUAGUACCGUGUACUGCUUUGUCUUGUUGACAGAUAGUCAUUUAGAGUUAUGUCUGUAAAUGAUAAUGAUUUUAACAGUAAAUUGAUUCAUAUAAGCUCUUUGUCCUCCACUGAAGGAAAUAUUCAAAAGAUAUUUCGAGCAGUGUCUUAACAUUAAAGGUUGCUUAAUGAGAAAGGACAGCCAAUGAUGUUUCAUCCCUGUUGGUCUGUUUCUGCACUUUGUUAAAAUGCCGAAUUGUCUGAAGAUUAUCCAUUUAAAAGAAACACAUGUCACACAUAGGUUGAUUUAACGCCUACUAUGGUAAAUGCACAUUGGUAUUGUCCUACAGAAUGGUCUGUGGUCACACCUCAGUCACACCUUGCUGGUGUUUCAUCAGGUUUCUCACCUCUGGGUCUAAUUUUGUACGUCUGUGAAAGGCGAAAGAAGACACUGCACCUCUAGGUUAAAUGUGAUACCCCUUCACUUUGCCUGCCCUCUCACCAAACUGAGAUGCUACAAGGCACGUCCUGCCAGUCUCUUCCAUUUUAUUUUAUGACCCCACCCUCGCUUGAAAUGUUUGAAACACCUCUCCUCUGCAUGUUCUUGUGGUCAAGGUUAGUUGGGUGCAUGGUUAAAAGACAAAGAAAAAAAGCAGCAGACAAUUCUUUUUCAGUCAGUGAAAGUGUAUUUCUUUUAACAUUCAGCAAUAAAAAGAACCUUUCCCCAUGUCAUUCCUGAAAUAUGCUAGAAAAAAAGAUAAAAUGCGAGAUUGUCAUAGAUUGUAAAAUAAAAUGAAAAAUGAAUCCACCUGUUCAUAUGAAAAAUAAAUCUUUAUUCAUAUCAUUUUAAUGUUGCAGUUCUUUUCUGCAGAAACUU